AAACAAAUUAAAAAAAAAAAAUCUAAAUAGUAGAAAUAAGCUAUAGAAAUGAGAAAAAAUCUUAAUUAACAAUAAACCAACAAGGCAUAAGAACAAAAAAAUAAAAACAAUAAUAAUUAAAUUGGAAAAACUAGUUUUUCUUAGGCAAAAUAAACUCUAAUGAAUAUGGAGGCUUUUUAUAAUGAUCAAGAUCUAUUUGGUACUAAUCCUUAAUAGCCUAACCAAGAUUAGUAAAAACCAUAAACUGAGGACAACUAGAAUUUGGUUUUAUAACCAAAUUAAAAUUAAGCUUUUAAUGUUCCUUAUCAUUAAAAAAGCAGCAGCUAAAGUGGGCCAACAACCUUUGCUACUGCUUUAAAUAGUGUAAAUAAUGUCAAUUAGUUUUAUAAUAAUAUUCAAAAUAAUUCUAAUACAAAUCAGCCUAAUAUAAACAACCAAAACCAAAUUAAAGAUAGUAACCCCAAUUAGAAUCAAAACAAUAGCUCAUCGCAACCCUCUUCUUUCUCUUCUUUUAGCGGCUAAGGAAUCUAAAUAGGAGGUUCUUUACCUAAUAAUUAAUAAAUAAUUAAAAACAACAAUUUAUUUGAAAGAGUAUAUUAAAGCGAAGAUAAGAUAAAUAAUAUUUAAUAAGCAAAUAAUAAUUUGUAUUUAUCCUUCUCUAAGUACUUUUAAAAAGAACAUGCUAGCCUUUUUUAAAAGAAUAUCACAGAUCCUAAAUUGAUUUAUCACUGGAAUGCUUUAUUCAAUUCAGUUCAAAGUGAAGAAAAUCUAUUUUUUAACUUUAGUAAAUUCUAAAAUGAUUUUGAUAUGAUUUAUUACAAUUUAGGAGAUGGAGAAAAAUUUACUGACUAAACGUUCCCAAACGAUUAAUCAGUAAUUAAAAAACAAGGAUAGUAUUGCUUUAAAAGAGCAAGUGAGAUUUAUACUAGUGAGUUUAACAUCUUUGAUUUAGGUAUCGAACCUAAUUAAAUUCAAUAAGGAAGACUUGGCGAUUGUUAUUUAAUAUCAUCUAUAAUUGCAAUAGCAGAAUAUCCAGAAUUCUGCGCCCGUUUAUUUGUUUCUAAAUAAAAAAAUGAUAAAUGCGUAUAUGGAAUUUGGUUAUGUGAGAGUGGAGAGUGGAAAUAAAUAGUUAUUGAUGACUAUUUAGUUUGCUAAUAAAAUAGUUACUCACCUAGCUUUGCAUUAUCAAUAAGAAAUGGAAUAUGGGUAUAAUUAUUGGAAAAAGCUUAUGCAAAAUGCUACGGCGGUUAUGGUAACAUUGAAGUUGGCUACAGCUUUGAUAGUUUAAGAGAUUUAACUGGGUCUCCUACAGAAUAUAUAGACAUUAAAAAGAAUUACGGAGAAGCUUUUGACUUAAUAAAAAAAUCAAUAUAAAAACAGUUUAUACUUACAAUCAGUUCAAAAGUAUCUGCUAAUGACAUAAACUCUAAGCAUUCUUUUACAAUACAAGACGCUAGAGAAGUUAUGAAUUCUAAAGGCUAACAAGUCAAGCUAUUAAAACUAAAAAAUCCUCUAGGCUAUAACUUUUAAAUGAAUAAAAUUUAAGAUCAAACUAUGGAAAAUAAUAUUGGCGAAUAAUUACGUUAAAAAAAUGGUGUAAUCUGGAUGACUUAAUAAGAAGUUCUUGCUAAUUUCGAAGUAGUCACUGUUUGCCACACACACCCAGGAUAUAUAUGUGGAUCAUAUACAACUUUAAACAAAACAAGGGAGUAUUUCUAUAUUUAGAAUUUGGUUGAAGGAAAUCACUGCUACUUUUCAGUAAUAUAAAAACAUGAAAAAUUUUAUAAGUAAGGAAACAAUGACCAAACAUAUUACUACAAGACUGCAAGACUAAUUAUUACCCAAAUUAACUCUGAUUCAAAGCAAAUUAUUGAAGUUUUAGGAGGAUCUUUUUCCAAUAAGCAAUAAGUAUUCUUUGAAGUUUAAAAUCUUCCUAGUGGAGAAUUUUUAGCUUUUGUAGAGAUUGAUGAAAAGAUGGCGCCAUAGAAAAACUAAUUCACUUUCUAAACAUACUCUAAAAAUGUUUUAUCGAUUAUUCCUGCUUUUAAUAUUUUACAAUUAAAGGUAAAAGAGUCCGAAUUAAUAGAAAUUAUAUUUAAGCUAUAUAUUCAAAAAAUAGAUUCCUCUCCUGAGUGGAAUACAAAGGUUUAUGAUAACACUAAAGGAACAGGAACUGUUGUUAGAGAUUUCUCUAGUCUUUUUGGUUAUGCUUUCAUAUCAUAUAGAAAUAAAAGUGUUACGUAAUUUACUGAAACUAUAGAAGUUGCUGAAUUCGUCAAUUUAGAUUUACUUGAUUUUGAUAAGAUAUCAAAAUAAACAAAGAUUAAAGUUGUGCUUGAGCCUAAAGAAUCUAAAGUUUUAUUAUUUAGAAUACUUGAAAAUAAAGCUUGCUCUCAUUCACUUAAAUUUAAAAGUACCUGGUUUUUCGGAUCAGGUAUUGUAAAAAUGCCUGUCUAAUCUAAUUAAAAACCUACCUUAGUUAAACAAACAAUAUCUAAACCAGUAAUUACUAAUAAGAAAGUUGUUAAAAAAUGA